CUCCGUCCUUGUCGAACAUCUCAUCUCCACAGGGCCUCGAUCCAUGAAAUUCCACCUUUGAAAAAAGCACGUUGAAAAAAGUCUGUACUAUAGUUCAGUUCACUGUUUCGAAUCUGCGCCCGACCAGUGUCGAUCUUGAUACAACGAGCGACAUGGAACCUUUUCGGAGCAACGGCAAACUGGGCAUCGGGAAAAAGGACAUCUCUAGGAGGCAGCGUUACCUCCUCACUUCCUUCUCGUCAUGGAUUCAGCAUCUCUUGCCGUUGUCAUAUGGACUGUCCUGCUUUUCUUGUGGCUCAGGAGGACCUUCGGUCGACGUUCUUCCCUCCCUCUCCCCCCUGCGCCUCCUGGUUAUCCCAUUAUAGGCAACCUACUUGACUUGGCUAACAACGACGUGCAUAUCAGAGCCAGUCAUUGGUCUCGUAAUUUUGAUGACGAUGUCAUCUCUCUCAAAGUUCUUGGAAAGACCAUGAUAAUCCUGAACUCGCCCACCGCAGUUUCUGAUCUUUUUGACAAGCGAGCCUCUAACUACUCAGAUCGGCCCGACAUGCCCAUGAUUGUUGACUUCAUUUUUUUAGACGUGUGCCGGAUAGGAUGGGACUGGACUUUUGCCCUCAUGCGGUAUGGGCCGCGUUGGAAGGAACACAGACGCGUAUUCAAUAACCAUUUCAAUAUUGGCACUUCUGGCGCAUCGGAAGACCGACAUAUCCAGCUCCGCAUCCGUCGCGAGCUCUUGUCUUUAAUGAUCCAUUCUCCCUCAAAAUAUCUUGAGAACCUUCGGCACUACACGGGACAUAUCAUUCUGAAACGCACAUAUGGACACACAGUAGUUGAUGAGAAUGACCCUUAUAUCCGUCUGGUCGAGGCAGCAUCUCAAAGCACAUCCGAAGCUGCCGUUCCAGGAGCCUUCCUUGUCGAUCUAUUCCCAUCUAUGAAGUACAUUCCUGAGUGGUUCCCGGGCGCUCAGUUCAAGAGAAAGGCUAGGGAGUGGCGCAAACUCUCAGAAGCCAUGAUCAACGCACCGUAUGAAAUGGCGAAGGGGAAAUUUGAUGAAGGAAAUGCCGAACCUUGCUUCGUCUCUGCUUGUCUCGAGCAGAACAAGACUGCUUCCGGUCAAGGCUUGAGCGAGGAACUCAUCAAAGACACUGCUGCCGUCGCAUAUGCCGCCGGUCACGUCUCAACUCUAACGACAUUUAUCCUCGCCAUGACACUUUACCCCGAUGUUCAGAAGGCAGCCCAAGCCGAACUCGACGCGUUACUGGGUGGUGAACGUUUACCCGACUUUGGUGAUAAAACACAGCUCCCAUACGUCACCGCGAUAUUAAAGGAAGUCCUUCGCUGGAUUCCUGUAUUACCGAUGGCCGUGCCUCACCGAGCUGUUAAUGCAGACACUUAUAAAGGAUACUAUAUCCCAGCGGGUGCCUUUGUGUACGGGAACGCAUGGGCUAUCCUUCACAACCCCGACAUCUUCGCAGACCCCGAAACCUUCAAACCAGACCGAUUCAUUGAGAAUCCAACUUUGCCCAACCCGAUCGAUAAUGGGGUAUUUGGGUUUGGAAGACGCGCGUGCGCAGGGAGGGUCAUGGCGCUUGAUACUAUGUGGAUAGCCAUGGCGUCCAUUCUGGCUGCCUUCGAUAUUUCGAAAGCCGUCGACGAACACGGGAAUGAGAUCACACCUCCCGUACAGCUCAGCCCAGGAACGAUAAGUCACCCGGCGCCAUUCCCGUGUAUUAUCAAACCUCGAUCAAAAGCUGCUCUUGAGCUCAUUACGCAGGAUGAUUGAAGUCAAACUUGGAAAAGGAAGAAAUAUGGGAUUAGAUUACGUAGUACCAUGCCACGAGGUAUAUGAGUAACAUUCCAAGUUUGCAUGUAAUUUGGUCGUAAUUGUACUUGGAGGAUCAAAGUCACUCGGGACGCGGCAUCUCACCGCUACCUCAGGCUGAAUACAAAUUGAAAAGACCUCCUUUCAUGAAUAACGGUACAGCGUAUGAUACGUUGACCUCUGUUUUCUCCUUACAGAGUUUGACGUUGUAAAUAAUGAUCUUCCGUUAGUUGACAA